AUGCCGUUCCACCCGGUGACGGCGGCGUUGAUGUACCGGGGCAUCUACACCGUGCCCAAUCUGCUGUCGGAGCAGCGCCCCGUGGACAUCCCUGAGGACGAACUGGAGGAGAUCCGUGAGGCCUUCAAAGUCUUUGACCGCGAUGGCAAUGGCUUCAUCUCCAAGCAGGAGCUGGGCACGGCCAUGCGCUCCCUGGGCUACAUGCCCAAUGAGGUGGAGCUGGAAGUUAUCAUCCAGAGGCUGGACAUGGAUGGUGAUGGCCAAGUGGACUUUGAGGAGUUUGUGACCCUCCUGGGACCCAAGCUUUCCACCUCGGGGAUCCCAGAGAAGUUCCAUGGCACGGACUUUGACACUGUCUUCUGGAAGUGCGACAUGCAGAAGCUGACCGUGGAUGAGCUGAAGCGGCUGCUGUACGACACCUUCUGUGAGCACCUGUCCAUGAAGGACAUUGAGAACAUCAUCAUGACGGAGGAGGAAAGUCACCUGGGCACCGCUGAGGAGUGCCCUGUGGACGUGGAGACCUGCUCCAACCAGCAGAUCCGCCAGACGUGUGUGCGCAAGAGCCUGAUCUGCGCCUUCGCCAUCGCCUUCAUCAUCAGCGUCAUGCUCAUCGCGGCCAACCAGGUGCUGCGCAGCGGCAUGAAGUAGGCACACGCGGUGCGUGGGGCCCACUCCACACUCCCCACCGCCUGCAGUCCUCUCCUGCACUCGGCUUCCCUGGGCCACCACGUGUACUUCGGGGCCCGAACGUCCAGCAACCCUACCCCACCCGACCUGAGGGCCGUUGCAUGGUCCCGUGGCCCGGCUGCGGAGGGCUUGGCGGUGGUUCCAAGGUGGCCCCCGGCCCCGCCUGUACCUGCCCACGCCUGUAUGUAGCACUCACUCUCCCUUCCACUGUCCAGGGGCUCCUGGGAAAUCUAGGAGGCAUCUGCACAGGGUCCGCUAGCUGAUGUGGUCACUUAGACAGGAAGAAGCAGCACCCUGUGCCUGGGGCCACAAAGCCAACCUGACCCUUCCCUGAGAUUUGCCCAGGGCCAUGAGCCUGGUGGAGAUGGGAGCAGGAGGCUUCCUCCUGGAGAGGGGGUAAGGCUGGGGUCUCCUGGGCCCUAUUCCCUGGCCAAGCCUGAGGAGGCCCCUGGCCUUCUCUAGGGUCCCUUUCUCUGACCCUCCUUAGACUCAAACCCAGCCUUCCUCCAGGCACCCACUGCGGGUAGAGCAUUUGCCCAUUUCAUAGAUGAGCAGCCUGAGGCCCAGAGGGCCCCCAGAUACGGUGCCCACUUCAACAGGAAUUUUUCAGAAAGGGCAAAAGCUCCCAGCAGAUGGGGCAUCUGAGGUGGCCCAGCAGUCUCUGCACCCUCUGAGCCCCACCGGCCUGAGAGCCACACUGCCCACCACCACCCAGUACAGAAUCUAGAACUGGCGUGCAGUGAGGCAAGAGGCAGACCAGGGGCCUAGAGGCUCCAUAUUGCCCAAGAGCCUGUGCGACCGCCCCACCAGCCCAGGGCCUCCUCCAGGCAGAAGCCUUGGGGGCCGGCCCAGUGUCACUGCUGGGCCAAGGGGCUGGUGUAGCCCAGCACUGUGGGUGCCAAGAAACUCAACCAGGCCACUCCCCCAAGUCCAGGGCCUGUCCUCCUGGGUCCCCCAACCUCUCUACACAGGCCAGAGACACAGCUCCCACCGCGCCCCGGUUCUGCCAUCUCACGUUCAGGCACCAGCUCAGUAUGGGCAGAUGUGGGGACUGGAGACAGCGGACAGAGUCUCUGAGCUCUUCUCCCAGAUCCAGAGCCCCCUUACACCCGGGUGACCUUCCCGGCCACACUGGCACACCCUCUGCCCAGCCAUGCUGAGCCCCCGCUGGCCCUCCCAGGAGAAGGGCAACAGCGCUCCUCACCCAGCAGAGGACCUCAUCU